CAAGCAUAGUCUUGCUCUCCCCCUCUCUCUCAUAGUCGCUCACUGUCGGUCAGUCAUCGUUGCUAGCCGUCGUCAGUCACCGUCGCUCACCAUCUCCUCGAUUCCUAUCGAUGUUCAGGAAGACAAGGAGAGACUUGAGAAGCAAUUGCAUGAUAUGGCAGUGGUGGUUGAGAGAUUGGAGAGCAGCAGACAGAAACUGCUAAUGGAGAUUGAUUCCCAAUCUUCAGAGAUAGAGAGGCUUUUUGAGGAAAAUUCUAAUCUUUCAUCUACUUAUCAAGAGGCAAUGGGUGUAGUAGUGCAUUGGGAGAAUCAGGUAAAAGACUGUCUUAAGCAGAAUGAGGAGCUCCGCAACAUGUUAGAUAAGUUGAGGACAAAACAAGCUAAUGCACCAACAAUGAAUGGCAUGGAGAGCCAGAGAGGCCUUUUUAGCAUCAAAAUUGCAGUAUUGCCACAUUGAACAUUGUUUUUUUAUGUAUGUUGAAGAUGGAUCAUUUUAAUAGAAAUCACUUAGCAUACCUACAAGGGACAAACCUUCAAAUGAGGUCCUAGAAAUUUUGGUUAUUUAAGUUGAUGACAAUACCUCCAGAUGGUGGGAGUUUGGCUGGCUAAUUAUUGGUUUCACACUUGGGUAGGGUAUCCUAGGAGGCAUCAUAAAAAUAAAGACAUUGAUCAUUGCUUGCAAUUUUCAGUUGGUAGCAUUUUUUCCCCCCUUCUCUGUUUUUUCACAACAUACAUUUGCAUACCGUAAAAAGUUAUUUUAUUAAAUAAUAUAUAUACUCAUGUUAUUUCUAGAUCUCCUGUAAUAUUUUACAUACUCUAUACAAUUCCAAACAUCAUUACAAAUUUGUUUCUUAUUCUAUAGAAUACAAAUUACAUUGCAAAUUGUAACAUAUAUACACUAUUAGUUUUGAAGCUAAAUUCUCAAGUAAUGCAGAUUUCCUUUACAAAGAGAAAUACAAAUAGCAAGACCUCAUCCUAAAAACUAAAUACAAACAUGAUCCCCUAAAUACCAACAAGUUACCAAAAGACAUCACAUAUUUGUCUUGCAUAAUUUAGAGACUUGCAAGCUUUCAAUUGUAAUAAACCUUCUAUUUCUGGAUGUCUAGUAAGAUCUACUCCUAGCUAUCCUUCCUGUACAUCCUUGAUAAUAUUUUUCUUGUUUAUUUUAUUUGCAGAUUGGUUUUCCAUGACGUUUGGAAGCAUACUUGCAAAUUAAGAUCAAGUGUUGAAUUUUAUUUUAUUUUUUGAAUUGAUACAUA